CAGUUUUCAGAGAUGUCAUGGCGUUCGGCAUUGUGCACUGUCUCCAAAGUACUUAUUGGCUCCAAUGGCUUCCAUCUUUCGGUCACAUUUUAAUAUAAUUUGUUUAAAAAUUUCGACAAGUUUUCUUAAAUUUACGAUAUCUUGGUAUAAGUUAUCUUUGGCGAUCUUCUUGUACUGCUUGAUUUAUAGCAUUCCAAAUCAACAGCACAUAAAUAAUGACAUCAUUUAAUACUCUUGGCAUCAUAUCAAUGCUUAUUCAACGAAACUUUUAUAAGUAGCCUUUUUUUUGUGUGGAAGCAGUAUUGCUUUUGAUAUCUAUCUCUCUUCAUCAAAACAUCGACGUUAUUAUCUCGAAAAUGAACUCCAUGAAGAUGCAGAAGGUUAAAUUAUUUUAUAUUUUGUGACAUUGUUUGAUUACUUAACAGUGAUUGUCAUUCAGCUCAGAAUGACAUCAGCUUAUGCAACACGUGAUGUAUUAAAUAGCAUUUCUGUACCCGAAGUUACAUCCUUGAAGAAUGGAUUCCGUAUUGUUACUGAAACUACCCAACGACCAACCAUCGCCGUCGGCGUUUGGAUCGAUUCCGGAAGUUGUUUUGAAAACGAGGCGAACAAUGGAAUUGCAAAUUUCCUAGAACACAUGAUAUACCGUGGUACAGGAAAACGGUCGCAAACAGAGCUGGAGACUGAAUUGGAGAAGAUCGGUGCAAGAUUUGAUUCAUAUACUUCCAGAGAACAUAAUGCGUUUUAUGUGCAGUGCAUCGCAAAAAACGUAGAAAAUGUAGUGGCACUGCUGGCCGACGUCCUACAAAACAGUAAAUUAGACCAAGCGGCUUUGGAAAUAGAACGUACUCGGAUUUUAUGUGAAAUAGAUAAAGCAGCUGAACAUCCCAGUGAAGUGGUUUUCGAUUACCUUCACGAUGCUGCUUUCCAAGGAACACCUAUGGCUAAAUCUAUCCACGGUACAGAAGAAACAGUGAGGAAUUUGACACGAAAUGAUCUGCUCAAAUAUGUAGAUGCUCAGUACAGACCAUCUCGGAUGGUAUUAAGUGCAGUUGGUAACAUCGAGCAUUCUCAGAUUGCAAACCUUGCUGAACGGUAUUUUGGCAAUCUUUCGACUGGUCAGUCAGGAAAUGCUCCUGAUUCGAAAGGAGUUCGUUUCACAGGAAGCGAGUUCCUGUAUCGGAAUGAUGAUAUGCCUUUUAUGUAUGGCGCAUUGGCAGUUGAAGGCGUUGGUUUCAGUCAUCCUGAUGCUAUUGCAUUGAAGGUUGCAAGUGCGAUGAUUGGUGAUUGGGAUUGCACACAGCUGUCAUCAACUAACGCUGUCACUGCUGUUGCGCAGAAAAUCUCUACAAGCUAUGGUAUGCAGCAGUUGAAGUCGUUUUCCAUCAAUUAUGGCAAUUGCGGUUUGUUUGGGUUUUAUGUCGUUAUGAACGGUAGCGAUGUAGCAUCUACGACAUUCGGUAUGAAAGAAGUUAUUCGGGGUUGGAAAAGGUUGGCUGUAGGAGUAUCUGAAGAAGAGGUUGAGCGAGGCAGAAAUAUGUAUAAAACAAUAGCAUUUUCGGCAUUGGAAUCAAGCGUUACACGUGCUGAUGAUAUUGCUAAACAGGUUCUUUAUUCUGGUACGGUGCAAUCAUUGUCCGAUCUUGAGAAUGCUAUUGAAAGUGUAGAUAAGGAGGCAAUAAGAAAAGCUAUGGACAAACACGUCUAUGAUCGAGACUUUGCAAUUGCAGGAAUUGGACGCACCGAAGCUUGGCCGGAUUACUAUCAAAUGAGAAUAGGCAUGAGUGCUUGGCGGUUAUAGAACAGUAAUGUUAUUUUUUCAGUUAUAUUUCGAUAUUUCAGUAGUAUUGCAGUUCCUUAUUAUUCUGUAUUAUUCUAUUGGAUUCUUUCCUUAUUGUAACGCGAAUAAACUUUGUAACUUUAUCAGGUUGCUGUAAUAGGUUUGAUAUCGUAUUCUUCAUUCUCUAUUGAAAGGACGUAUAAAUGGUGAUCAUGUUUUGAAGAUUUUUUUGACUGUACUUGUUUGCGACCAUCCUUAUUUGUGAAUUUGCCUGAAAUAUGCUGUUUAAAUUUUUUAGGUUUUCUUUCAUGGCGUAGUUUUUUUUCCUU